UGUUGGUAUUUAACUGUUUAAUUUUUUACUUUUUUAAUUUUCGGUUGUGAAUUGUGAAUAAAAUUAGAAAGAGAAGUGUAUGCGCCUAUAAAAAUCGUAGAAUGGACGAAUUUUAAAAACAUACCCUUUGGAAAUUGGUGUUAUAAUAAUAUUCCUAUAUUUAAUUUAAAACAGUCAGUAACAGGAGUUUGGCUUACCUGGGUGUUAGUGUAUAUAUGUGUAUACAAAAACAACAAAUUGUUACAUAAAUAGGUUUACACAUGUAUUUGUCGGAUAAAAAUCAUGAGAUGUUUCAAGAAAUAUUACCCCCAUAAACCCAAGAAAAGAUCAUAUGAUGAUCAAAAGUUUGAUAACUUAUUAUAUGGAAUACCUUUUGAUGAUGAAAUAAAUCCUAAUAAAAAAUCCAAGGUGUUUUCAUCCACACUUUUAGAGCAUCCUGAAUAUAUUUCUUUUAAAGAGAACUUGCUACAAGAAAGCAUAUCUGAGCAAACCCGAGAAGAUAAUCAAAGUCGUGGAUCUUUAGAAUUUGAAAUAGAUUUUGAAGAAGUUGAAGAGGUUAAUUUGAGAAGUACACUGAAGGAAAAUAUACAGCCAAAAGAACCAAUCACCUUAAGCCCUGCUUCAAACACCUUUAAUCAGAAAAGUUUAACGAGCGAGAGACAGCCGUUUGGCGCUCUUGGAUAUACACAAAAACCUGACUUUGAGUACUGGUACGGAUUUGAAGAGACAGAUAUGGCAGACUACCAAGACGAGCAAGGCUACCACCACGUCACUAAUGGUGAUUCACUACCUGACUGCAAUGUGGCAACCCUGAGUAAUAUGGGAAAUACGUGUUUCCUAAAUAGUGUUCUGUAUACACUUAGAUUCGCCCCAACGGUUUUGCAUAAUUUGCACCAUUUACUAGUAGAUUUGAGCAUGGUGAAUAGCAAGUUAAAAGAAAGCAGAACUAAAACUAGUAGUUUAGGAAGAAAUGGUAGUGCUGUUAGUGGUAGUAGCUGGAGGAGUGCCAGUAGUAAAGAUUUGCUUUCCAUAGGUAACAAUGACCUAAUUCCAAAAUCCAAAGAACAAAUAGUUACAGAGAAAUUACAUGCAGUAUUUGUUACUAUGAAUAAUAUAGAAACAAAGUCAUCCAGUGAACCCUACCAACCGGAGGAAUUGUUGCAGGCCGUUAGAGAUGCCAAUUCUAUGUUUAUAGGGAACCAUCAACAAGACGCUCAUGAGUUUUUGGUUGAAUUAUCAAGAUGUUUAAGAGUUACUUGUGAUAAAUUAAAUGAACAGAUUGAACAGUAUCCCGAGCUAAUAAAAUCUCCAGAAGCCACGUCAGCACCUACUGUGCCAAAUAAUAAUAGCAAAUGGUCAAUGAGACGGUCGUGGAAAAAACCGUUAAAGAAGAAGGAAAAGUCUUCGAAGAAAAACGGCGAUAUUGAAAAUGAUAUUCUUCCGAAUGACUGCGACAAAAAUACUGGGGAUGCCAACGAUGAGAAUUUAAGAAAAAAGUGUGGCUACAACUUUAUUACAGAGGAUUUUGAAGGAGUAUCGUUGCAUAGAACCAAAUGUUUAGAGUGCGAGGAGGUUAGUGAACGGAAAGAGCCUUUCCUAGAUAUUCAAGUGGCCGUAAACUAUAGAGAUGAAGAUUUUGAUACAUAUAUCAAGGAUAGCUCCAUUUUUGGAGCAAUAUGUUGCACUUCUGAGAAACUUUCCGAUCAAAAUAAAUAUUUCUGUGAAAAUUGUAAUCGGUAUAACGAAGCACAACGAACAGUUCUUUACGAAAAAUUACCAAAUAUUAUGGUCCUUCAUCUGAAAAGGUUUACCACGUCCUUAUCGGGCGUUCAAAAAGUCAACACUUUUGUGCCUACCCCUCUAGAGAUUCGAUGUUUCUGCGAGGGAUGCAGCAAAAUGGACAGUACAAAAAUUACCCCUCACAGAUAUCGGCUUAGUUGCGUUAUAAUGCAUUUGGGUGCUAGCAUGGCAUCUGGGCAUUAUAUUGCCUAUUCUAGAGCUUCUGUUGAAACAUACGACUACGUAGAGUGCACAAGAGACAUUCCCAAAAAUUAUCUUAGUUCAAGCAACAAAGAAGUAACUCUUUUAAAGUUUUUUAAGACCAAAGCUUUGGGUAAUAGCCUCAGUGAAACGCAAAAUGGUAUUGGAACUAACUCUAAAAAAAAUGAUGCCCAGUUAUGCCAAAGUAUGUCGUGUUGCGGGAUUCGAUGCAAGUUAAACUUGGAACUAAACUCUUGUGAGGAUUGGCUUGAGUUUGACGACGAGAAAGUAAAACAUCUAUCAAAUAAAGAAUUUACCGAUAUGCUGAACAGAAGGCACGACAAUACGAACACACCCUAUUUGCUUUUCUACUCAAAAAUCUAAUGUAAGUUUAACUUUAAGGUAUUUUUCCAUUUCUUAUGCGUUGUUUUGUAUAUAAAUAUGUUGUUUUUGUUUGUUUAUUAACAUGUUUGACGGAGAGUAAAAAAUCGACCCUCGUCUGGUUAGAUUUUUUUUAUGAGAGUUUUUUACUUGUUGAUAUAUAUAGCAAAUAAUCCUCCCCGCAAAGUUGUUAUAAUAUUCGAUAAGUAUAACUAUUAAUAUAAGAUUAAUAUUAAUGUAAGCCCACAUAUACCGUUUUUAUUUAAUUUCGUUUUUUUUUGUAGUAUAUUGGUUAUUUCGAGAAUAAUUCUAGUUUCGCACUACUUUCAAUUAUGACUGAUAAAAGUUACUAACUAUUUUCUUGUACAUUAUCUCGGGAAAGACGUGCCAAAGCAAACAGUUUUUAAAAUGUUUCUCAAUUUCUUCAGUUUAAAAAUUUUCAGGUACAAUAAUUAUUGAGGAGGUGCGAAAUAUGGAAGUUGUUUUCUUUUAGUACCAUAGGAUACAUGUAUAAUUUUUCAAAAUACCAGUCUGGCAUGUGACCAUAAGCUAAGAACUACAAGAUAUUCCAUAUCUGUUACCUAUUUAAAACUGAUUUCUCGCAACGCUAUAUGAGACAUUUCGCCUUCUCCACAUAUCAUCUUAACUUUUGAACUCAUUUAAUCUUAAUCAUUCUAACAUAUCUAAAUUAUAAUUAUGUUCAGUGAGUUACUCAUUUUUAACACUUCUCACUUAUGGGAUAUCUUGUAUUAAAAUUGUAUUUUUUGGAAAUACGACGAAUUAUAUUUUUAGUUGUGCCUUAGAGGUGCUUCGAUGCAGGGUGUUAUUUUCAUUGCUUAUUUAAUGUGUAAAUUUUAUUGCUCAGCGUUGUGAUCUCGAUAAGAAAUAAAUCAGAUUAAAUUUUGUGAAUGGGAAUUCACAUUCGAGGCCAGAUUGUCAUAAUAAAGUCUAAAAUAUUUUUAGAAGCGUGCUACAUUGGUUUUAGAAUAAUAAGGGAGCUUAAAAGUGAUACUAUUUAAGAAAUGGAACUGAAAUAAAGUCUCAGGGAAAAGAGCAAAAUGAUUUAACGUAAUAAAAAUCAACCAAAACAUACUUAUAGUAAUGAAAGUCAAUAUUUUUAUGGUAACAAUUAAAAUAUAUUAUUCUUCAGAUUAUGCCUAAGUAAUCGUCAUAAUUAUAUUGUAUUAUUUCACUUACAUCAUGCAAGCAGUAUACUUAAGCAAUCUUCAUAUCUAUAGUUAUAAAGAUAUUUUAUAAAGUUGUACAAAAUUUUACAAAAACUCCUUAUUAUAUUCAGUCUUAUAAAUAUUAUAAGGGAUAUUCAAAUACUUGAAUGGAAUUUAAUUCAAUUUCUUAUAUGCUGAAUCUUUACCUUUGCCAUUUAACAAUAACUCUUUUUCUUAAUUAACAAAAACUUCCUAAACAUCUGUGUCCGUAAACUGUCUUUUCAAAUUGGAUAUCCCCUUUUAACCCAUUAGUGCAUGAACUUAUAAAAAUUGUUUUUUAUGUAUUUUUUCUUUAUGAAUUAGAUAAAUGACUUAAAUAAGAUAUAAAAACAAAAUACAAAAAUCAAAUAUUAGUUUUUAUUAGUGUGUUAUGAUCCGUCCCUCAAAACGGACUCCAUGCAUAAAUUACAUAAAAUUAAUAUUAUUUAGUUUAUAUGGUAAUUUUCGAAACAAUUUUUUGGAUGAAGUCCACAGUCACAUUUUACACAUAUAAAGCUACUUGUCUUCUUGCAUACUUGGCACUUCGAUCAGAUUCAUUGUACCGAAUUAAAUGUCCUAUAUUAUCAAAUCUAGAGGCUUUAUGAACUGGAACCGUAGUUUUUCCUGUACUUGGUUUUUUACCAUACGACUGUAGGGCGAAAAAUUAGGGCGAUAUACCUCCGAAAUUCUAGUAAGGAGGCACAAUUUGCAUCAUUUGGUCUUAGCUUUUUCAUAAGUACCCAGCCCUUUGAGAUGCUUGCAUCUAAUAAAUAUGAAACUAUUGGCCAAUAGCAUUUUCGCUGUCGCAUUCUUGUCCUAUACAAAGCAAUCAGCCCAUGCAUUUUAUCAACUCCUCCCAUGUGUUUAUGGGUUGUGGAAUUUGUUUUUUAGUUUUAGUUUCCUUACACCAUCUAGAUGUGGUAACAAUGUCAUUACUUUUGAAGUUGGUCCCCAAUGUCACAACCUUAUUGUCCUUCCAUUAUACAAAAGUAACGUUAUCACAAGAAACAAAACUGUGGCUUCCCCUUGGUUUUGAUUUCCAUGAAGUACUUUCAGGAAAUGGACACUUUUUCGUUCGAAUCUCUCUUACUGUUGCUGUUGCACAAAUUUUAUUUUCCGAGAGAUUGUUCAGUAAACUCAGGCUU